AUUCUGCUGCUCUCCUUUUACACGCAGCUCUGACUCCAAACUGUAAAUUAUUCAGAAAAAAAAAAAUACACUACAUUUCUUACACACUUCAAAGCUUACAACUUUGAGAAGAAAAAUAAAAGAAAAAGAGCAAUCUUUAACUUUGUUCAUCUGUUCUUGAAUUUGUAUUUGAUGAUUUAAUUCAUGACCAUGUAGAUAAAGGGUGUUUGAAUAUACAAAAAAGUUUUGAUUUUUAUAAGAAAAAUGAGUGUUUCUUUAAGUGUAAUGACCUUUAAUCUUCUUGAAGAUCAGCCAGAAGACAGUCCAAAUUCAUGGGAAAAGAGGAAAGAUUUGUGCAUAAGUGUUAUCACUAGUUAUUCUCCUAUGAUUCUCUGUACCCAACAAGGUGUGAAGUCACAGUUGGACUAUCUUCAGCAGUGUUUGCAAGGUUAUGAACAGUUUGGAAUUUCAAGGAAAGGAGCUGAAGACACUUCUGAUCAGCACUGUACCAUUUUUUAUGACAAGGACAAGGUCGAGCUUUUAGAAGGGGGAACGUUUUGGUUGUCUGAAUCACCUUCGGUGCCCGGAAGCAUGUCUUGGGGUUCUACAGUACCGUGCACUGCGACAUGGGCAACAUUCCAGCUUAAAGGAGUUGAGCCACCAGGUUUUUCAUUUCAGAUUGUUAAUACAACAAUGGAUGAGUUCAGUCCCCGUGCUCGAAGGCGAGGUGCUUUGCUUACCUGGCAGCAUAUUGCAUCCUUACCCCCUAGCUUACCUGUCGUGUACUGUGGAGGAUUUAACACCCAAAAGGAAUCCACUACAGGCCGUUUUCUUCUUGGGAGAUCUAGAGAGCAUGGAGUUGUCGGUGAUAUGCGAGACGCUUGGCCCAAUGCUCGCGUGAGGAAAAAUGUAUCGCUCAUACGCACGUACCACGGAUUCAAAGGUACGAAGCAGGGACCUCUUGAGUUCCUCAAGUUAGUAUUCCGAGCACUUUGUCUGUGCUGGGAUCGUCAAACUCAGGAUCUGCAUGUGGACUGGAUCCUUUUCCGAGGCAGAUCUCUAAUACCCGUCUCGUUUGAGGUGGUGAACGACAACAUCGAUGGCUUUUAUCCUUCGUCUCAUUAUCCUAUAUUCACUGAGUUCAUGCUUCCUCGGUCAGUGAGGCUGAUCGAAGCAUCCCCUGAAAACGGAAGCUAAACUAUUCCUUACUAAAGUUUUCUCCAUUUCACUUUUGUGCAUUGUUAUUUAUUGAUUGAUUUUUUCGUUUAGUUGCUGGUUUAUCUUUGAUGAUAUAAGGAUCUAAGGGAUGCCAAAUUGGAAAGAUAUGGUCUUUCAUUCCCCUACUGUAUCAAAGUUGUUUAAAGCUCCUACUGUUCAAUUCUCUGAGAUAAGUUAGAAUGAUUUAUUUGAAGGGGAGCCUCGAGCAUCGGUAAAGUUGUUUCGGUGACCUAUAAGUGACGGGUUCGAGCCAUGGAAGAAGCCACUAAUGCUUGCAUUAGGGUAGGCUGUCUGUAUCACAUCCCUUGGAAGUAGCUCUUCCGCGGACCCUGCGUGAACGCGGGAUGUUUUGUCCAUCGGGCCGCCCCAAAGUUGAAUAAUGUAUUUGUAAUCUUUUCUUUUAAGUUAAUGGAUGUAACAUGGGUGAUUUUCUUGGUUUUUGAAUUCCUUUUGGAACAUGUUAACUGAAUUUCUUGUUGUUCAGUGAACUGAUGUAACGUUUCAUGCAGUAAAAUAUGUAGAUUCUAUGACUUAAGACAGAUUUUUUACACUAUCA